AUGAAUGCGAACACUGCGGGUCUUCCUCGGCUUCCGGCUUGCCAAGUAUGUUACAGCCGAAAAGUGAAGUGUGAUAGUAGAAGGCCUAAAUGUGGCCCUUGUUCAAAGAAUGGCAUCGAUUGUGUCAUUCUAGAUCCUAAUGGAGGGCCCCCUAUUUCUAGAGAGUACAUACAUGAAUUAGAGCAGAGACAGCAACAGUACCUGGCCUAUACCGUUGAUGUAUCGGAUUGUGAGGACGAUGCCGUCUCUGAUUCGACUAGAACGACAUCACAGAACUUGGAGCAAGCAGAACCAGUCGAAACACCAUCCACAAUAUUACAAGGAGAUGGAUUAAGCUUUAUGACGCUCUUGUUCACAGAUGCAGAAUGGAGGAAGAGUAAUGCGGCUUUAUUGCGGCAAUUGGCGGACGCGACAAGGGCAGCCGAGCCGGCAGCUGAACCAAACCAACUUCCUUCGUUGGAGGAUGCCCGCUAUUUGUUUGAUAGUUACCUCAAAGGACCUCAGGUGCAAAAUCCCUUUUUGCUUCGGCAAGAUAUCCAUGGUCUUUUCGCUCGUGUUUUUGAAGAUAAUACCGCGAUGACAACACCCAGUAACCGUGAUAUGUUUCGUACCUUUAUGAUACUAGCGAAUGGUUCGGUAAUACCCCAUCGGAAUAAAACAUAUUCGCAGCAUCCGUUUGGUUACUACCUUACAGCCAUGCAGUACUUUGAUCCAUUCUUCUUGUCCGAUGGGCUAGAAGCUAUCCAGAAUCUCUUGUUGAUAUGCCGAUUUGGUAUUUAUUAUCAUAUAGGAACCUCGAUCUGGGAGAUUAUACGGCUAUGUAUGCGAUUAUGUAUCGAACAGGAGCUAGAGAGAAAAAGUAGAAAGCCAUUGGCUCUUCUCGACGAGCAACUUCGGCGUAGGAUCUUUUGGGUCUGCUACGUAACAGACAGAUAUAGCUCAACCACAUUGAAUAGGCCUUUUGCUAUAGCGGAUCAGGACGUCUCGGUGGGAUUGCCAGUAGAGGCGAGCGAUGACGAGAUAAUUGCUGCGACGCCGUCUGUUACGGAUUUGGAUUCGUUUUGCAGUCAGCAUAUUCCAACACGCCCUAACGAGAUGAGCGUCUUGCACGCUUGCGUGCGUCUAAGAAAAAUCACUUCUCAGAUCCACGACGAAGCAUCCCUACUUCUAAAAAUAAGCUCGAGCCCUGUCGCGGCAGAUAACGAACCUCCCUUUUUAGCUGCGGGGCGAGUAUAUGCUGUCCUGGAGCGCAUAACAAAAGAGCUCGAACAAUGGCGCAAUUCUGCGCCCAUAUUCAAUCGUCCUCGUUGCUUGUUUGAGAGAUACCAGUGGUACGACCUACUACAGGCCAGAGAAACGCUCCAGCUUGUCCGCAAAGCUGUCGACUUGGCCCCGAAGAAGAACGGUCUCCCACCCAAACACAUAGUGCUAUUAUGCCUGAAAUGCGCGAUUCGUACCAUUUUGCUAUACUCCGAGUUGUUCCAACAAUCCAUGGUCACGUACACUAGAAGCUAUUUUCAUAUGAUGUUUACAGCGGGGCUUUCUGUCUUAUUCUGUAUCUCCGCCUCAUCGGAUUUAGACUCGUUACUCGUGCAGGAGAGCCGUACCGCCCUAGCAUGUUGCGAGAGAACUGUUACACAAAUGUCAAGUCAGAUGCUCGAUGCUAGGCAUUACGUUCAGUUCUUUAAGGCGGUUUGCUUACACGUCUUUCCUGAUCCGGAUCGCGAUAAUCAGAUAAUAUAUGAUGAUUGGUCGAAUACCGGGGCGGUAUUAACAGGUCAUCCUGAACUAGCUCAAGUCCGGAACCAGGCUCGGUCGCCUUGGCCUUACUCUGGUAGUUGGGAAAGGCCGGUAUUUAGCGACUUGGAAUUCCAUAGCCGUGAGAUAGGUUUACAUCAUGCUUUGGGUCAAUCAAGCGCACUCGGAUCCAACCUGCCUCCCCACCAAGGAACAAGCAACUUUGUAUCAUCGGAGGGAGCCCGCAUUCAUAACGAUCCGUUGCAUUGGGGAUUUUUAGGCGAUGAUGCGUUAUGGAGUGUCGGACUAGGUAAUUACGUUUAUGGCGACUUGGCUGAACUCCAUGGUGUAGUUAACGGAAGUGGUUUUGGCUUCAGCCCUUCAUAA